AUGGCCACCGCAGCGCAGAUAGCCGGUACGGUGAUUGCCUUUGCAUUGGGAAUAUAUGCCGCCUACAUGACUCAGAUCAAAAUAGUGGGAAGCGACCCGACCGCGCCGAAAAUGCAGAAGCUCUGUAUGGCUGGGGACAUGACCGCCCUGAAGGAGGCUGGGUUUCACGAGUAUGAAAGCGAGAUGGGGGGCGGCUUCAUCUGCAUCGUCACGCAGUUUGUGCUUGCCUUGGUCAAAGAGCCUGCCGGCAUCUUGGUUUGGGGUGCUGCGGGCAUCCACCUCUUCCCCUUGAUGGUCAUGGUGUACACAGAGGCCGGAAGGCCUGGAGCCAAGUCUUUCGUCAACUGGCCCAUCCUCACCUUCCUGCUGGGUCAGGUCUUCGGAAUCAGCUUCGCUUUCCCGUGCUUCUGGGUCAGCUCGGCUCUCCGACAGGGCACCGGCGGCGGCUCACCCGCCUCCGGCCGUGUCUGGACGGCCAUGCUGGUUCCGCUCUUGGUUACCCUCUUAGAAGCAGCGGUUUUCAACCUGGACACAAAUACACGAGCCUGGACCAUCUGUGCAGACAGCCUGGUUGGCCCUGGCCUCGCUUUUGUCGGUAUUCUGACAUGGCCGUUCCCAGCACCGGAGAAGCCUGUUCCGGCUGCUAUCGAGCUGCUGAAACAAGCCUAUUCCAUCAUGGCUGCGAUCUCAGCCGCCGGAUACUACUACCUGAUCUACUGCGCGUGGCGCAGCUUCGACAGCUCGGAAGAGCUUCUGGCAGCAAUCUGGGGGCCCAAAGCAAGCCCAUGGGUGGCCUUCAUGACUGUUGACUCGAGUGUACUCAGCCUGUCGAUGCUGGUUUAUUUGGCUGCAAGCUGCCGUGGCCUAGACGUUCUCAUUGCCGUGUUGUUCUCGCCCUUUAUCGGGCCCGCGUCCGCUUACUGCUUCGUCCUGCGCUCGCGAGAGCAGCAGCGCUUGGAGUCCCUGACGGGGGCCGGCGAGGCCCUGCUGCCCUGA